AUGGAAGAAGUUAGGGUUGUGCCUGCCUGUUCUGAUCAAUUAAAGCUUGUUGUUGGUCAGAGGUUCCAAUCAUUAGAGUUUGCAAUCGCGUUUUAUGAUGUGUAUGCUAGGGCAGUUGGGUUUGACACGCGCAAACAAGGUGUGAGGAAGGUGGACGAAGUUACAACGUGGUAUUACGUCGUAUGCAAUAGGGAGGGCCAUAAGAAGUCCAUCGACGAUGACCAGUUGAAUGCACGUUCCGGUUUCUCAAUGAAGCGCCGACGCUUAUCGAAGAGAUGUGGCUGUAAAGCUAGUAUUUCCUUCAAGUAUUUCUCUGAUAAUGGACAUCCAGGUUAUAUGGUACAUGAUUUCAAUGAGGUUCAUAACCAUGAGAUCGUUGAGUCCGAGCACCAGCAGUUUAUGACUGUGAACCGUCAUUUGGAUGACGUUCAUCAGAAAUUCAUACUUGAUUGUUCAAAAGUGAAUAUUGGACCCACAUUGACAUUUAAGGUAUUGAAAGAAACUCUCGGUGGCUUUGACCUCGUUGGUUGUACGGUCGGUGACAUCAGGAAUGCGUCACGCGACAUUAAAGCAUAUGCGCAUGGGUUCGAUGUGCAAAUGGUAUUGGACGACAUGGCGAAAAAGAAUGAGAUGUCUGAGUCGUACACAUAUCAUUAUGAGGUUAAUGAAAACAACCAGUUGGUUGCGUUGUUUUGGUGUGACGGCUUAAUGAAAAGGAAUUACCAUAUGUUCGGUGACAUUGUAGCCUUUGACACCACCUAUAACACAAACAGGUAUUGCAUGAUAUUCUGUCCUUUCACGGGAAAGCACAAUCAUGGAAGCCCUGUAACCUUUGCGGCUGGCUUGUUAUGCAAUGAGAAAACAGGGGCGUUCGGAUGGUUGUUUAGACGUUUUGUUGAAUGCAUGGGCAUAGCACCGAAGAUGAUCGUGACAGAUCAAGACAAUGGAAUGAGAUCAGGCAUCGAAGAGGUUCUGGUUGGCACGCGCCACCGAUGGUGUAUGUGGCACAUAAUGCACAAGUUGUCCACCAAGAUCCCAAAUAGGUUGCUCAGGGAUGAAGCUUUCAAGAAGGAAUUCAAUGCAUGCGUUUGGUCUGAUCUGCUUGAGCCUGACGAAUUUGAAGAGGAGUGGAAAAGAGUGGUGAAAAGUCAUGGGUUGGAAGACUUUGACUGGUUUAACUCAUUGUACGAACACAUGCAUUUCUGGAUACCGGCGUAUUUUAGAGAUUUUCCACUGGGUUCGAUGAUUAGGACAACAUCCAUCUCCGAAUCGGAGAAUAAUUUCUACAAAAGAUUUCUGAAGCCCCGUGCGAACAUAGCCGAGUUCUACAUGAAUUUCAACCAUGCUGUUGAGUUUCAGCGUAACAGUAGGAUGGCGUUAGACUACCACGAUGCCACUGCUUUGCCCAUUUUGGCAACUACAUUGCCGUUUGAGAAACAUGCUUCGACGCUUUACACAGAUACGAUGUUCAAGAAAAUACAGGAAGAAAUCGUUGAGGGUAAUGAUAGAUGUCGCGUGCUAGGAUUUUCUUCGACUGAAUUUGUUGACACCUACAAGCUUGGGGAUAGCAAUCGCAAAUCGAACAAUGAGUUGAAGAAAAUACCAGAAAAAUACUGCCAAAGUAGAUGGAUGAAGACUCCGCUAGCCAAGGCGGUCCAUGGGGAAAUCCAUGAUGACAUUCCUACCAGAUCUGUUGUUGACGAUAGGCAAGCAGUGUCAAAGCAAGGCAUUUCUAUGUUCUAUGGUUUCCUCCGGCGGUUUAAGGAAGACAUUGAUUUGCUACGGGCAUUUGUAGGCGGCGUUGAAGAACAUGGUAAAUCUCUGCAAGCUGGGAAUCCGACAACGUCAGCAAUUGAAAAAAGGCGAAUGAUUGAAGAGUUCUAUGGCAUGGUGCGGCCUGAAGUUGUGGAGGUUCAUCCUCCAGAUGUGGCCAAGGGGCAUGCUAGCAGCUCAAAGAGCCGACUGAUUUCGAAAAGGGAAAAGGCUCUAAAGGAUGCUAGUCGGCCUCAAAGACGGUGUAAGGCUUGCGAUGAGAUGAGCCACCAUGACUCCAGAAAUUGUCAUAGACUUAAAGAAAUGGAGAUGGAGAAAGAGUUGGGGAAGGGCAAGAGUACGAUGUGA